ACUGGGUGGCACCCUUCUUCUUCUUUUCCUUCUUCUUCUUCUGUCCAGACUUGGAAAAGACACAAAUGAAGGCAGAAAAACAAUGUUUCUUGUUUGUUUUGUUUUGUUUCACAGCUAGUCCAGGGAAAUUUAUGAAUUUAAUAGUUAGACAAUUAAGCCUCAGACAGUUCGAUUGAGUUAAGUGAAGAUAAGGCGAGUGUCCAGGACUCAGAUAAGAGGUUGAUCAGUGAACACUUGAGUGAUUUUUGGAGCUGGAUGGAGAAAGAGCGCGUGCAUGAAGGCACCGAGCGUGCAAUACUUCAAACACUGUUUCCGUGCUAAACAGUGCGCGUGCAUGCGGCUGCACCCACAACCUUCUUUCAUCAUUCGGAUGUAACUCGGAGAGAACCCACAGGUCACGGAAUGCUACUUUAAAAGCGUGCCUUUGGAGUCUGGAUAAUGGGGUCUUCGGAAAUAACUCGGAAACAAAGAUACCUUGCGCAGAUGACCAGCAGUAAGUCGCUCUCUCAGUCCCAGGCGCAGUUCAGCACUGUGUGUGGCCCCCGCACUGAGCGCCUCUCUCCAGAAGGCGCAGGAGCUUCAGGAGACUCAAAGUGCUUCACGACCAAAAGUGAUAGACCGGGAACACCGGACGCGGCUCGUUUGUGUGAUCAAUGCCUCACUCGUGCGCUUGUUUUGAAGGAACAAGCUCUGCGAGUGUUCAAGGAUGGUCACUUUUCCGCCAGUGAUCCAAAACUCUCCAUCCUUCUCUAUGAGAGCUUGCAAGCGCCUGCUUGGAUUGGACUUGCUGGUUGCUGUGACGUCUGCUUCACUCACCUGAGCCAGCUCAAGCGGGAGGCCAUCCACAUGCUCCUAAACCAAAACCGGACCAUCUGGCCCAAUUCUCCCGGUGCCAGCAUCUCACCCGGUUACAAUGCCUUGGGUUCUCACACUCUGCCUAGAGCCAUCAGCUCUCGUUCUCCAAGCCCCAAUAAACGGCAGAAGUUCAGCAACCCAAGGACAGAAAGCUGGGUCAGAGAACACUCGCGAUUUGAGACCCUGUGGUGUGCAAAUAAUGAAAUGUCACCUUUCGCUGACAUGGUUUCUCAGGAUGGUAUGAAAAAGAAAAAAGAUGAUGAGGCCACAGUUCUGUGCCGCUUCACUGGUCCUUUGACAUUCAACACUUCCAAAGUUGCUGCAAUGCUACCUGCUGGAACCUCUGCAGCUUUUUCUUUCAUUGUCAGGGCUGUCCAAAAGUUGCACUUGACCUCAAGAAGGAGGAAGCAGUGCUCUGAAAACGACUGCUAUCCCACAAACUUCUGUGGCCUUCUCCAGAAGGACCCUCCUCCUGUACCUUUAAACAUUUUACAGACUCACAGCAAGAGCAGAGAUUUACCAGAAAUGGCAAAGGUCAGAGUUAUGCUGAGAAUCAACCCGAUUCUGACAGCAGACACAUCUCAGUCCCAAGCGCUUAAAGUGGAUCUACAUAAGAAACAGGUCACAGUACUGGAGCCGGUCCUACAAAACACACAGAGAUCAGGAGCAGGCACCACUUUCACUCCAAAGACUUUCACAUUUGAUGCUACUUUUGGCCCCGAGUCAUCCCAGGCUAAGGUCUGUGAGAGGAGUUUGUGUGAUGUUCUCCAGUCUGUUGUUGCUGGAGCAGAUGGCUGCAUCCUUAGCUUUGGACAAACCAAAGUGGGAACAUCUUACACAAUGAUUGGACGUGAUGAUGGCACACCAAACCUAGGGAUCAUCCCUUGUGCCAUUUCUUGGCUUUUCAAGCUCAUUAACAAGAAGAAAGACAAGACAUGGGCAACCAUCUUGGUAUCUGUGUCAGCUGUGGAGGUGUGUGGGGAGACUGAAGUCAUCAGGGAUUUACUGUCUGGUUUUGAAGCUGGUGAUCACACCCAUAAGCCAAAUGUUUACCUCCAGGAAGACCCCGUGUGUGGAAUACAGCUUUACAACAAUAGGACGGUAAGUGCUCCUACAGUUGAAAGAGCAGCCUGCCUAUUGGAUGCAGCCCUAGCAUCACGCAGUACAGGCAUGGCAGGGUGCAGGGGGACAUUUCAUCAUCACUGCCAUAUGUUCUACACUCUUCAUGUCUGCCAAAAACACAUAGAGAGCAGCCCCACAUCUGGGAUGUAUGUGGAACAAAGCAAGCUGAGUCUAAUUGACUUAGGAAGCUGUACCAGACAGAGGUCUAAGAACAACACAGAGGUCUGUCUUCUUGACCUGGGCAAUGUGAUUAUGGCCAAACUGAAUGGGCACAAACACGUCACUAACAAGGGAAGUAAACUGGCCAUGCUCAUGCAAGAGUCUCUUGGAAAUGUCAACUGCCACACGACAAUUGUAGCCCAUGUCUCCACCUCUUAUGAUGACCUGUCUGAAACUCUGUGCACCAUCCAGAUUGUCUCUCGCAUUCGAAGAUUACAAAGGAUCAGAAAACAAGGCUGCAACUCACCUGGAGCAAGAAGCUUGGGCAAAGAAAGAAAAGUGAAUGACUCAUCUAAGCUAAGAGCAUUUCGAUAUGCAGGUUCAUUGGAACAUAAUUUUUCUUUGCCCCACCUCUUCGAUGAUCUUGAAAACUAUUCUGGGAGUGAUAAGUCAUGCGACACUGUGUUCUGUGUGGAUCCAAAAGGUGUCCUUCAUGAUAAAGAGGUCAGAGGGAAUCAAGAGUUUGUGCCAAUCAUUCCAUCUUUGCAAAUGAACAAGGCAGCCUUAAAAAACUCUUUCUCUAUAAAGCAUUGCGAUAUCUUACAGUCAACUCAAAAUUCAAAUGAGAUGAAAAAACUUCCGAUUCAACAAAAUUCUAGUGCUCCUGAUUUGGAGUGUUUCAAAUGCAACACCUUUGCUGAACUACAGAAUCGACUGGGAUGUAUUAAUGAAAGUGAAAUGGUUGGCUUGAAUUCUUGCAAGACACAACCUGCAAAUGCUGUCAUUAAAUCUGAACCUCUCUCAAGGAAAUUUGUGAAGAUACCAGCUGAAAAGCCAGAGAGUCAACGACUUCCAUGUACAAAACAGGCUAAUGAUCAUGAACAAGGACAAGCUAAGAGAGAUGCUCUCCCAUGCUCACCCAGAGUUCACAUGACUAGUGGCUCUAUGCAGUGUGAACGAGACACUGAAUCCCAAAGCCUUAAUAAAACAAUGGACACGACUCCUUCCGUACCUUUUUCGGUGGAAGGGAUAUCAUCUGAGAAGUCCACAUUGGCCCCAAAGAUUCGUAUACCUCCUGUGGGGAAAAGCUCAUCCUCCCUGUCUACUACUCUAGAGUCCCCUGUUUCUUUCCCAAUUACCCGAUGUGAAGUUAUUCCACAGUUUCCCACAGAAAACCAAGAAGAGAAAACGACCAUCACUGUAACAGUUCAGCAGCCACUGGAUUUGAAUGGACAUGAUGAACUUAUAUAUUCUGUGGUUAAGGAAGUAGAGGUCAAUGGCCCAGUUAAUAAAGGCAAGGCUGCAAAAAUAGGAAAUAUUGCUGAGCUUAAUUCUCUUAAGGACUUACCACUAGGGUCUCAGCCUGUGAAGAUCAUUGGCAGUGUUGAAAAGGAACAAACAGCUGCUGAUUCUGUAUCUGAAGUUCAGGGUUUAAGUACAAUUGAUAAAGCAUCAUCAGAGUUAUCUGCAGGUAAGACCAUUCCUACGGGCCAAAACCAUGUUGUCAACUCAAAGACUGUCAAUAGCCCAUCUCAACUUGAUGUUAGGUCAAAAGAAAUCCAGUCUAAGACUGUCACAGAGGUGGCCAAAAUUGAUUUUGGGUCCAUUUCCCAAUAUGACGCCUCAAGGUUCAGGGAGUAUUCAUUUGAGAUGGCAACAGAGCAAGAAGAUGCUAAGAGAAAGUGUAACCAAAGUAGUGAGCAGUUUUGUAGUGAAUUCAAAGACAAAGCUUCUCCAGCAAAUCAGAGGAUAUUAGAAGAUUUUCAGAUGAAACCAGCAGAAAAUCAAGUCAGUAGUUACUCAACCUAUGAUACAAGCUGUCCUACAAGAGCUUGGCUUGAUACUGACAAACAGCAUACCCGUAAAGACUCCCUUUAUCCCUGUACAAGCUGGGAAAACGAGACUUCAUGUAGUCCAAAAGCAACACUAGAAAAAAAAUCUUGUGUUGCCAAACCAAGUCUCGUGGAAUGGGCAAAAUAUAGUAAAUCAAUGCCUUCAGUGACAAGAUCAGAUAACAAUAGUCCCAAUAAGAAAAACAGAAAACAUGUGCAACCUACCAUGACCCAGACAACCUCAGAGAAUCAGCUCAAAACUAUAAACCCCAAAACCCCUAUUGAUGAGAGCACUAAGCUAUUUAGUGCAAAAUUGGAGCAGUUAACAAACAGAAACCGAUCCCUAAGUAGAUCACAUGGAGAGUGUGUUGCUGUACAGCCUUUUGAGCAAAGCAAUACUGUGUUCAUUCAGGGUUCUUCGAGGAGUAUAGUGGGCAACUGUACCCCACCAAGGGUCAACAGACAUUUUGAGACAGAAAAUCGCCAGGAUUUAGGCUCCAAAGGAAUUGUGGAAGGACAAUAUGCAUCAGCUCAUGCCAAAAGCACUGUCUGUCCUGGACUGCUGACAGUUUUUGAAACGGACCUCCUCACAUUGUCUCAGGCUAACCAUAGCCUUAGGAGAGUUCCAAGGUUUUUCCCACUUUAUGAUGUUGAUGAAAGUGAAACUACUCAGCCUUGCAAGCCUAGUCAGUCCAAUAUGUCAAGUGUAAACAAAGUUUUGUCUAGCCCGGUGAUUCACAAUUUGUCUGGAACUGCCCCCAGUUUAUAUGCAUCACCAAAAUCCAACAGACGCUCAAUAAAUAGGAGCUCAAGUCUGUCUCCUGAUGGAUUUUCCAGAAAACAAAUCUCAUGGUCAUCCCAGUCUUUAUCCCGAAAGCAAGUUAAAACUUCUAUCUCCUCCAAAUAUCUAAGCAAAAUACUGAAUGGACGGGUAGAGGUUCUUAGAGCAAGUGAGGACUCUAGCUCUAGCCAAGGUAGCUCAGAUAUUGAUGAUCUUGAGGAGUCGAAAAGAAAAAUUAAGCUGUUGAGCCACACCUUACCUUCCCCAUACAGUAGGAUUACAGUGCCACGUAAACCAAAUCACUGCAGUGGGCAUGCUAGUGAUAACACAAGUGUUCUAAGUGGGGAGCUUCCUCCUGCCAUGUGUAAGACGGCAUUACUGUACAAUCGCAACAGUACAGUCAGCAGUGGUUAUGAAAGCCUGAAGAGGGACAGUGAAACCACAUAUAGUAGUACUUCAAUACAUGACUCAAUCAGUGAUCAGAGCUGCUUCUACAGUACUCUAAAGGGUGCCAGAAGUUCCAAGAAUAGAAACAACACAGGAUUUCAUCAAAGACAUCCAUCACAGGACACCCUUUCAUCUUUAAGGAGGUCUGUGAGUGGGUCCAAAAUACGCUGGGUAGAUCGUGGUACCUCAGAUGCAUAUGAAAUUAAAGUUUAUGAGAUUGACAAUGUGGAUAGUUUGCAGAGGAGAGGAAAAGCAGGGAACAAGAGUGUUGUCUGCUUCAGUGCCAAGCUGAAAUUCCUGGAGCAUCGGCAACAAAGGAUUGCAGAGAUGAGGGCCAAGUACAACACCCUAAAGAGAGAGCUGGAACUAGCCAAACAGCAUCUGAUGGUGGAUCCAGAGAAAUGGACGCAUGAAUUUGACCUCUGGCAGACAUUUGAAGUAGAUUCUUUGGAGCACUUAGAGGCCCUUGAGCUGGUGACGCAGCGUCUGGAGUGCCAAGUCUUCCGGUGCAAAGCACGUGUCAUGAUGGUAACCAGUUUUGAUGCUUCACCAAAGCGAAGACAGAAGAAGAAGUACCGGCCACCUGUCGAUUAUAAGGGGUUCAUAGGAAUAUAGUCUUUACAUAGUUUAAAUUAAUUUUACCUUUUACUUUUAAUGAUGUACAAAAUGCUAGUUACAUACGGUAUGUAAUGUAACUGUGUUUCUAUGAAUGAAUGCCUGCAUUGAAACCACUAGGUGAGAAAUACACCUUCUAUGCAUGUGUAUGCAUUCAAAGACCUUCCUGUAGUGAUGUAUGAUGUAGUAUUUGCAAUAAAUAUCUUUACCCCUAUAAAAGAGCCAUCUUUCCCUGAAACCUUCUCUUCAAGCCAAUAAUUGGUACUGGCAUUCAUAGAACCAGAGUUACAUACUGUAUGUAACUAGCAUGGUAUUUCAUCCCUCCUAACCACCAGCAACAAUGUCAUGAGGAACUGGACUCACCGUAGGACUGUCCUGAAACAUGCUCAGAGAUGGCCAUCCCACUCACACUACUGGAAGGGGCAAAGCUAACUUUGUAGAACUUAAUGAAAGUGUAUGGUGAUAUUGCGGUAGCAGUAUCAUAGACUUCCUGGAGCAGUCAACCUAUAAUUAAUGCCCAUUCAAUGGGACUGCUCCUUGUAGAGGUGUAUGUCACAGCAGUGGUUGGUAUCCAGCCCAUCUAUAGGCCAUUAUGAUGAUGUCCACCACAUGUCUACCAAAAGCCAUCAAGCUGCC